UGGGAAACGAGGAUACUGUGACCAAAAAUAUCAGCCUGGAAGCAACCCCACCCUGUGGACUACGGGCAUUAAGUGCCGAGGACUGCUCUGGUGAAGUUAUCGUAUAUAAGAUGUAUGUUUUACAUACAUCUCACCUGCGUAUGUCAAUCAACUUGGACCCUUUCCCCAGUAAAGAACAGUGACUCCGCAUUGCCAUUGGUCGAACUGGAGGGCAAGGGGCGGUACCAGAGCCAACGAUGCCUAUGAUUGGACGAAAGGCGCGUGGCUCAUGCAAAUUCAGGGGGAACUUUUAAGUUUCAAGCUGGAUGGGGAGAUUCGUCUGCUGUAUUGUAUCUGUAGGGACAGUAGCGACUCAAGUAAAGUGACGUAAAACGGAGACAGGCAAAGCCUCUAGGGGGCCAUGUCUGGCGGCACCAGUGCUAACAACAGCUGGACACUCCUCACUCCUGAGGAGUCAGUCGCUGAAACCCUAAGGCCUUUGGCAGAGGGGACAGAGCAACAUGAAGAAGGCCUCACUGGUGCAGCUUCUGUGGAGAACCAGCCCAAAAACAGUGCAGAGUCUGCAGAGAGGCUCCCUGUUGAGGACCACCUGGUACCGGAAGAAAAAACAGCAGAGCCAAGUGGAGACACAAGCACAGAGCAACACACCUCUGUGGCCACCGCUGUCAUUGAUGCCCCUGUUGCCACCUCUUUGCAAGUCUCCGGCAGCUUCAACCCUGACAGUGAUGCACUCAGCCAGUCAGAGGGCCUACCUGAAGCCCCAGCACAGUCCAGUUGUGACCCGGAUUCAUUUUCUGACUCCUACACCCACAUAACCCCCUCCCCUGAUGAGCCCCACGCCUCACUGCUGACCACAGAGAGUCUGGGAGGGGUGGAGUUUACACAGGAAGAGGACAGGCUCGCACAGCAAGGAACACUGCAUACGCUGAGUGGGGAGGAGCUUCAACAUGAAGGGGAGGAGUCCAACCUGUUUUUGAGAAGGACUGAUUUAGGGAAACAGGCAGUGUACCUGGUGGACCAGCUGAUUAUGGAAUUGUUCGGAAUCUGGGCCAGGCGCUUUUCUGGAGAGGCUGUGGUUGGUUCCCCUGUGGAUUCAGAGAUGGGUGAGGAGAGGACUGAGAAGACUGGAGAGGAGGCAGAGCCAGAGGUGAGGAGAAGGAAGUCUCUCUUAGCGGCUCUAGAGCGGAUUGGAAGGACAGAGGAGGAAGAGGAAGGAGAGGAAGAGUUUCAGCUGCCACAGCGGGAGGAAGACAGCGGGUUCUCUGUGAACAAGUGCAUUCUGGGGGCUGUCAUUCUGUUAGGGAUUGGCACCAUCUUUUUCUCAGGUGUCUUCAUGGACCUGGAUGAGGAGAGUGACUAUGGUACAAUGGAGCUGAAAGAUGCAGAGGUACCAGGAAAACAGGAAUGGCUUAAUCAAGAGGUUCAUCCACCCCCAGUAGAUACUGACAGUACAGAGCUUCCAAAUACGUUUACCGAAGGGAACCAGCAGAUUUCUGUACUACAAGCCCAACUCCAGGCACAGAAAGAAGAGCUAAAAGUAGCCAAGGGACAGGCAGCUAAGGGAGCAAAGGAGCGGCUGUUUUGGGAGGAGGUGGAAAAGGAAAACAGUAGGUUGAAGAAAGAGAUGGCAUCUCUCCCUGUCCUUCAGAAAGAGAACGAGAGGAUGAAGAGAGAGCUGGAGUCUGUCCUGGCCCUACAGAGAGAACUAGAAACACUGAGAUCCACUGUGACUGAAUUAAAACUCCCCUCAGCAGCUCAAGCACCUGUGACGCCAACCACAUUGCCCUCCAGUGGCCAGCCAGAGGACAGCAUGCAGGGCACAGCCGGCUCUACAGAAAGAGGGCCUAAGAAAACAUUGGAUGAUCAGAGGGAGAAGAAGAAAGAUGUGAAGAAGGAUAAAAUGGACAUGGCUGAGAAGGAGGAGUGGAAAGAGAGAGAUAAAUCUGAAUGGAAGGAAGGAGAGAAAAAGGAGCGUGAAGAUGGCAUUAAAACAGAAUGGAAAAAGGGAAAACAUGAGCAAGGAAAGUUUGACAAGGAGAAAGACAAGGAAGGUAAACAAAAGAGGCACAAUGACAAGACGAAGGAGAAAGACUGGAAGAAAGAAAAGGCUACCAGGGGUGAUGAAGGAAAGCCUUGGAAGGAUAGGGAAGGAAAGAAAGAGUGGAUAGAGAAGAGUGAGAGAAAGGAGAAGGAAGACUGGAAAAAGGCAAAACAUGAGAAAGUGAAGGCGGGUAAGGAGAAGGAUUGGAAGGUAAAAAAAGACCAUGUAGAGAAGCACAAGGGCAAGGAGGAAUGGAAAGGAGAGAAGGAAUGGAAGAAGGGGAAAGAUGGCUUUAAGGAAAGUGGCAAAGAGAAAUGGGAGGAAAAAGAUUGGAAAGAGAAAGGAGAGAAGAAAGAGUGGAAGAAAAAAGAUAGUGACUGGAAGAGUAAAAAUGGCAAAGAGCAUACUAAGGAAGAGAAAGGAAAGGGUGAAAGGAAACAGUGGGAAGAGAGAAAAAAUCGUGGUAAAGAAAGGAAGUGGAGGGAUGAGAGGGAACAGUGGAACGAGAACGAGUGGAAGAGCUACAGUGGUAAAGAUGGUAAGGAGUUGAAGAAGGAUGAGUGGAAACGGUGGGAAAAGAGAGAAGAACCGUGGAAAAGAGAAGGAGAGAAAGAUGGAAAACACAAUGGGGAUCGGAAAAAGGACAGAUCAAGCUCCGAGAAACCCAAAGAUGAGCACAAAUAUAAUGGUAAUCACGGCCACAGGGCAGAGCACCUGUGGGGAGAUCGGAAGCCCCCUCACACACACCGCCAACCCUCCGUGGAACAGCCCGAGUACUGGGUCCAGCAGAGAGACCGCCUCCAGCACAACCCCAAACCACCACAGCCAUGUGACUCCCUGGAGACUUGUGCUCAGGCUGAGGGGCUGCUCCCUGUCCCCUUCUUCGAGUUUGAGGCCAUCCUCCAGUCUUACCUAGCCAAGGCACAGGAGGCAGGAGUGGAUGAUUCCAAAAGAGAAGAGGUCAGAAAGCUAGCUGCUGAAUUCUUUAAGAAUGGACUCUUUGUCCACGAUCAGAUGAGCUUUCAAGAGUUUGUCGAAGACUUGGGAGAUAUUUUGGAAGACAUGGUGGAAGGAGAUGACGACGCGGAGGAAAAGGACAGCGCCAUAGAGGAAGAAAUGGAGGGGUUUGAAAUAGAAGUCAUGAAAAAGUUUUCAGUGCGGGAAGUUGUAGAGAAAAAGGAGAGAUCCAAAGGGGACUGGAGGAAGGAGAGCGGACGAGGACGUGGCUGAUGCAGUCAUGGCAAUUGAUGGAUCUGUCAAAAGUAGCUUUAGAGCAGUGAUGACGGAUGAGAGUUUAUUCAUCAGGUAACAUUUUAUAUUGGACCACAAACGCUUACAAGUAUACAUUUAUCAUCCUGUCACCAUUUUCACAGGAUCUUAAUUCACACCUUACAUCUGUUGUCCAAGAAAGUUCAACUUAUGAUUUAAUUUCACUGUUCUGGGUUGUUUUAUAUUUCACCUAUGCACCUGGACACACAUUAGUUCUUAAUAAAGGAGAAAUAAUUGCAUCUACAUCUUGUUUUUGUGAUGGAAUUAAGAGAGAAGAAGCUACAGAGACUAGUGAAGUACAAUGCACAUAUAGUUGCAUAGCCUUUGUGUGCUCCUUAUUCUACUGUUCAAACCAUAGAAAACCCCACAUCUAUUUUAUUUGGGAUUGAGCACCUGCAGCUAAUGAUGAACAUCCGUUAGUGUGAAAGUCAUUCCUGCACACAGUGCUACGUUCUCCCUUUGUGUAGGGGGAGAUUACACCUAGUUAGAUUGUUUGGUGUUUGAUGUUGCUUUGCUUUGACUGUCAUGCAGGAACAGAUUUUGUAUAGUCUUAUUUACACACUGCACCUCUUCCUCCGCAAAUCACACUGUGCACUGAUGACGUCUACCUAUUCACUGAUUCUACGCUGUACCUACAGUAUGCCAUCUUUAUGUAUUAAUUGCUUAAGCCUGGCCUUAAAUGUCAGAUUAUCUUUAAAUCAUUAGUUUUUAGAAAGAGUGGCAUGAACUGCUAAAAAAAGAGUUUAGUUAAUAUUUUAUGUGAAAUUUGAGAAGUCUGCAUUGAUUUUGUUUUGGAUGUUUGUACUUGUAGCAUUAAAUGUGUUAAAGAACUCUAUUGAAAUGCAGAAAUAUAUAAUUAACUUAUUUUACAAAGGUUGGCUAUAAUAUAGAUAUAAAUAUAAUUGGUUGGCAUGUAAGAUAACAACAUGUUGAGCAUGUAUGUUUCUUUUCAGGUAUAGAACUCAUGUUGUGCACUAAAAUUAACUUAAUUAUUGUUUUAUCAUGAAUGGAACAUUUGUUUCUGUCAAUUAGGUUGAUCAUGGCACUGAGGUCAUGGCACAUUGUUUC